CCCUAAACCCUAGAGGAAUACAGUCUUCCACUUCAUCCAUCCUGCCUCAAUGUCGUAUUUUUGUCAAUAAAAUCGUCACUUGUCUCACACACGUUUUGAAAUUCAAUCUCUCUCUGUCGCUUUCUAUCUCUUUCUCUCUCGUAUGAUUAGGGUUUGAAGAGAAUCGAAUAGAAUCGAUGGCUCCAUCGUUGAUCUGCAGCUUUGUGAUGUGCAGGACGGUUAUACUUGCAGAGUGCUCAAAUCAUCAGGAUUAGGAGGAUGUGGCUCGCCUGGGUCUGAAUUUGCUCAAGACGCUCGACCAUUCGAUGAGAAGGAUCACCUACGAACGUGGUGAUGGUUACACCUUCAACUACCUGAUGGAUUAUGGCUUCAGUAAUAUCUCUUACUCUUCCCGCGUCUUUGUUACGGUUCUGGUUUAGACGAUGCAUACUGUGUAGUUGCGGAUGAGGUUAUUGGUCGAGAAAUUCCUCUUGCCUUCCUCAAUCAAGUCAGGAAGGAUUUUCUUGGUCCAAACUGAAGCAGCAUAUGGAAUAUGUAGCUGCUAAAGUCUCAAAAGACGAACAAGUUGCGAUGGAAUAUAUUGACAAGAAUCGAGGGUUUCGCAUGAGAAGAAAAUCCAAAGCUCCAUCAUUGAGCUAUAGCUUCGUGGCGCACGGGACGGUGGCUCUUGAAGAUUGGUUGCCAUUUGACCAUACGGUCAGUGGCUUGGCUGUGGAUCAUCUCUCUGAGCUCCCCUGUUCGAUAAAUAAGAUCACCUACGACCGUGGUGGCUGCACGAUCAACUACCUGCUUGAUAGCAACUUCACAUACUGUGUAGUUGCAGCUAAGGCUAUGAGUCGAAAAAUUCUUCUGGCCUUUCUCGAUCAAAUCAAGAAGGAUUUUACUGCCAGAUUUGGUGGAGGAUUAGCUGUAGCAACAGUUGAAAAUAGUCUGAACGAAGAUUUCAGGUCCAAACUGAAGGAGCGUAUGAGACAUGCUGAGGUGAAAGCUGCUCAAGCCUCAAAAGAUAAAGGAGUAACGAUGGAAAAUAUUGAAAAGGACGAUGACGAUGACGAUGAUGAGGACGAUGACAAGGAAGAAGAUGACGAUGACGAUGAUGAGGAGGACGAGUAUUAAUGAGAAGCAAAUAUGGGAUACAAGAAAUGAGACUUGUACUGUACUUUUAUGACAUUUUGCAUACGGUCUUAUUUGACUUGCCUAGAUAGUCAAGUGGAUUUGGGAAUAUUGAAAUGUUGCAUGUGUUUAUAGUUUUCAAUGAUUUGAUUUCAAAUUA